AGUGUCCGACAGCUCGUGACGUCACGCGGCGAUCACAGUGCAGUCACAUGAAACAUUUUACAGAAUAAUAUAUAUAUUUUUUGGCAGCUUUUUCUGUGUUUACAAACAGGGAGGCGGUGAGUAUCGCAGCAGCGGCCCGCAGAGAGUGUCGGCGGCGGACAUGGACGAGGACGGCCUGCCGAUAGUGGGCUCCGGGGUGGACCUGACCAAGGUCCCGGCCAUCCAGCAGAGGAGGGUGGUCGCCUACCUGAACCAGUUCAUCGUGCACACCGUCCGCUUCCUCAACCGCUUCUCCACCGUCUGUGAGGAGAAACUGUCCAACAUCUCCCUGCGGAUCCAGCAGAUUGAAACUACACUCAGCAUUUUGGAGGCAAAGCUGUCCUCCAUCCCCGGGCUGGAGGAUGUCACAGUGGACGCGGCCGGUCAGAGACAAAGUGCUGAGGCAAACGGACCGACAGCGGGACAAAGACAAACAGAUGGAGCAUCAGCGGGGCAGCUGCCGCCCCCACAGAGCUCUGAGAACGUGCCAGAAGCUCCGCAGCAGAAAGCACAGGCAGCUGCAGAGAACGUCAUGACUGUGGCCAAGGACCCGCGCUACGCCCGCUACCUGAAAAUGGCGCACGUGGGCGUCCCAGCUAUGGCCAUAAAGAAUAAAAUGGUCAUGGAGGGCUUGGAUCCCAACUUGCUCGACACUCCAGAUGCCCCGGUGCCUGAUGGAGCAAAGAAGAGCGCAGAGGAGCAGGAUGGCGACGGCGACAGCUCGGGCAGUGAAUCAUCUUUCAGCGACUGACCUGUCUCCUCCGACCUCAGCGCCACAGAGCUUCUUGUAUGGGCCACCCAUCGCCACCUCUGUGUGUGUGUGUGUGCGCGUGUGUGUGUGUGUUUGUGUGGGCCUGUGCUGGGCCAGAGGAGGAGGCAGCAGUGUGCCUGACGAGCAGCGCUGGGAUGAAGCGGCUGUCCAGCUGAGGGGCUUCAUCUCACUGUGGGUGUUGGUGCCUGAAGCAGGGAAAUACUUGCAGUCCGUCGUAUCGAGUUGAAUGAAAUUUCAGUGCGUAAGAGCUGAAAUGGUCUCCUAUUGGUCAGUCAGUGACCGUGUUGAUUUUUGAUACAUCAUUGGCAUUUUUGGCAAAUAGUUUGUCAAAAAUAAGUUGAUUAUGUAAGCAGUAACAAAACAUAUAGCAGUAUCAAGUAGUUUUAUACAAUUACUAACAGUGUAGUAGUGGUCAUUUGCAGUGUAUGAGUGUGUAUGAGUGUGUGUGUGUAUGCAUUGGCAAUCACACUACUUUCACAGCCUUUAAAAGAGAUUGUCUUAGAUUCAUAUUCACUCAUUGGUUUCAGUUCUGUCUGCAUUUGUUACAGGUUGUACAAUAUAUAUGUAUAUAUAUAUACGUUUGGUAUGUUGAGUGAAUGAUCAUGUCUGUCGCAAUGCUUCCAGAGGUUGGAAACAAAAUUCACAUGAUUUUGGUUAACAUAACUUCAACUAGACUUUCUGUUCUGCCUUUUUUUGCCCAGAACAACAUCUCAGUUUGAUAGAUUACUGCACACAAAAAGUUUGAGUUGCACUGAGGGAUACAUCUAUGGUUAAUCACCAGUAUUUGCAAACAUUUUGGUAAUGACAUUAUUUGCACCAAGUGUGAAUUCACUUCUCCACCCUUGCAUUAAUUCAAACUUGUGACUAAAUGCCCAAAAAUAGACAAAUAGUGAAGUAGAGAAGAAGUGCCAAGAAAUGUUUAGCGCUAAAAGAUGGGGUGUGUCGUCUUUUGACAAGCUGUCAGUGACAGGGCACUACGCUGUAUCGACUGUGAAACUGUGUACUCAAGUGUUUGGAAGACUGGAAAGCACUUUGUUUACGAAAGCGUAGUUGGAUCUGUGAGCUUUGCCUGUAAUAAUAAUAAAAAAAAU